GCUGACUUGACCCCUCCGUCUUGUGCCUUCUAGCUAUUAUAAGCGAACUCUUAGGGGGUUUCUGGUGCGAUCCGAUUUCCUUUCUUUAGGCCAACUCCGGACGUCGCGUUCUCAUAAGAACUCCUACAAGCGGUGUCUUAAUCUCAACGCAUCUCACCGCUCGGUCUGAGCUGCAUGUGCAGGUCAUUCUGUUCAGAUGAACGACACUCGCUCCAAUCUGCACAACCUGCACAAUGGACUCAGAACCGGAAAUAAUUCAGAAGACGAAGGCUGCUUUGGAGCCGUAUAUUAAACCGAGAGAAGAGGUCGCUUACAUUAGACGUGUCCUGGCGAUACACUUGCAGCGACAUCGUCAGACCGAGGACUUACAACCCCCCCUAUCGCUCCUCGAUGCAUCUAGCCAGGCCCAGCGACGAGACGAUAUACAGGGUUUGCAAAGGGAAUAUCUCAGGGCCGCUCACGACAAUAUUAGGGCCCGUCGUGAAUACGCCGAGCUUCGUAAGAGAACCACACCACAGAGGAGCACGAGUACGAGUCCUAAGGACAAUGCCCCGGACUACAUUCAAAACCACCUCGCCAUGAUGAAGCUGCGGCAGAAACAUGAGAAGCUGUCCACCCUCCAAAAGUAUCUCGACACCCUGGUGCAGCAGCCCGCUGCGUCGCAAGAAUUUCUCAGUCCGGAUCAUCUCUUCCUGGAUGCUUGGGGCCUUCCCGACGUACCAAGAGAGGUCAUGGAAGGCUUCGGUAUAAGCACCAGCGCCUUAAAGGAGGAUUUAUCUGGCCUUAUCGAUCAACUGGAGAAGGUCGUGCUCCGGUCCAAGCUCCAGCUGCGGAGGGAACAACAACUGCUCAGUGACGUGAGAGCCGGGACGCAGCCCCUUAUGGCCAACAUCAGCGUCGGAGCCAAACUACACGCUCUCAACGUAACCCGAAACGAGCUCAUCAACUGGAUCGAAGCGGAACUAAGCAAGGCGUCAGGCGAGACCGCGGAAGAGGAGGAGGCCGAGCGAGAAACCCGCCGGCAACGCCUCGCGGAGCCACAAACGGACACGACCGCCCAGCUCGCCGAGAUCAAGGAGAAAUACGCCCGAUACGUAGCCGCACGCAAGUCGUUACUGACGCUCGUAUCACAAAAACCGCUCCCGACAUUGAAACCGACCAUUACUCAGCAGCAGCAGCAGCAGCCUGCACAUACGCUGGCGGCAGCCGAGGAAGACGAUACUCCCGCCCCCGCAACGCAUCUCAUGAUACCCUACCUAGAGCGACUCCUCCACCUCUCGCGACAGCAAAAAGGCAUGAUCCAACACAAGUCCCAUCUGCAGGCUUCGCUGGCCAAGCAGGUCAAGGACACACGGCAAAUGCUGGACCAUCUAGCCGAAGAAAGCCAACUCUUGCCCACUCAUGGCUCGACUGUUCCGCGCGCGAUAGCAGCGGUGAGGUCCAAGCCCGGCUUUGGUGACCACAUCGCUGCGGCAUCCGCGGCGUCUGGGGCGGCGGAAAAGCCAGAUACCACCGGCUUCGUCAAGCCCUGGGUCAUUGCGGCCGACACGGCCAAGAUUGCGACGCUGGAGGCGGCGGCGGAGAAGAUCGAGGAAGGUCAAUUGGCUUUGGAGGGCUCUAUGAAGGCUCUUCACGAUAUUGACCAGCUCCUUGGUCGCAAACGCGAGGGGAACAACGCCGAAGUCGGCGAUGGGCAGGGGCAGACGGCAGACGGUGGGGAGGAGGGGGAAGACGAUAUCUGGUUGACGGGCGAACAAGACGGUAAACGGGGACGGAAGAAGCACAUGGAGCGCAAAAGAGCGGCCCCAGCUGUGUUGGAUGACCCUUGGUCUAUUUUGGAUGGGAAGCUUGGCCUCAUCAGCGGCAAGUCCCUGGCCAGAUGAUGAGAGAGCUAUGUGAAGCAGGGUGGCAGCAGAAUAAUCCCCAUCUGGCUCCCUGAAUAAAUGGUCAAACACGAACGCCCUUGCACAUAACUUUUCGCCAAUUGGACAUACAGUCCCCCUUAUGGCUUUGGACCUAUGAUGUGAUAUUGAGAAUUUAACCGCGACCUGCAAGGAUACCCGAUAUUCUUAGGGCGAGAUCCAAAAUUGAUAGAUGCUC